UUGCCGCGCAAAGAGGACGCUUGAUUCAUUUUACUCGGCUUCGAUUUGGCUUUUCAAGCCGUCGUUGACUAUUCCAAUUACAUGCAGCAGUUAACAUAUGUUCCUCAACGUUGCAACUGACUGGACGACUCGCCUUUUCCUUGACACAAUCCCGUCAUACCUCUCUUGCUUCCAAACAUAAUCUAUACUUGGGUCAACAAUCAUUCGAUGUGGUUCGACUAGUAUAUUUAUUCGCUGGGCUCAGUCAUACCAUGCCAUCCCUAUUAGAGAGGUUAAUCUUCGCCUGUAGGUUCAAGGCCGCUCUACAUACUACCACGCUUGUUUCUGCCUUUCUCUGCAGCACUUCACAAUGAAUCAUCCAAGAAGUGAAUGUGAAGUGGUUCAAAUUCUACCUGCUGUUACAACCUUAGCAGAGAUCUCCGAUCAGUGUGUUCUACACGCUGGCACUGGGCACGACUCGAAGGCUUGGCUUGUAGCCGAUGUUUUCCAAAUCUCUCCGAGCACUGCGCUGGGGUUAUUGUGCUCCAGCAUCGAGGUCCUCUUGAAAUCAUCCUCGGAUGAUCCACAAUUAUCUCAAAUACACGCCGCGCCUCCCGGUGUUCGGACACCCGGUGACAACAUCUCUAGUGGCGAGACCACGCCCAUUAGAGCCUCCGAAUUGCAUUGCUUUCCAGCCAAUGACGAAAAAUUGGGGCACGACCUUGUUCAACAAAGCGUGCUUUCCAAGAGGUUUCUGUCGAAGCGGGUACCACCGAUCACUCUGAAAGAUUACCUUCUACGGCUUCACCAAUAUUGCCCCAUGUCCACAGGCGUUUAUCUGGCUACGAGCAUGUAUAUCACCAGAAUGGUUAAUACUGAGAAAGUGAUACAGGUAAAUGGAAGGAAUAUGCACCGUCUAGUUCUUGCUGGGCUUCGAGUUGCUAUGAAAACUUUGGAAGACCUAAGUUAUCCACACAGCCGGGUUGCUAAGGUUGGCGGAGUGACCGAACGUGAGCUGUCCAAACUCGAAGUCAGUUUCUGUUUCUUGGCAGAUUUCGAUCUACGGGUUGAUGCGCACAUGUUAUCCGAGCAGGCAAGGCUACUUCAGGCCGGGCUGGAUCUUACUGGCGACAAUCCUCCCGAAGCAGUUGAGGGCUUCUCAUGCCAAGAGUGAGGGCAUGUUGACUGCUUUCCUUGCUAUGACUUACGCUGUGCUUUUCAGGAAAGAACGGCGUACGUUUGCUCAGCACCUCGGAGGAUGAUUUUGCAUAUUAUUAUUAUUCUUUCUCUUUUUUUUUCUCUUUCUUUUUUUUUUGGAAUUGAUACCCAGUGAUGAUGGUUUAUGAUAUUUCUUGACUGGUAACCUCCACCGACUGUUGGGUGCGACCUUCGAUCGAAAAGCUCAGUGGGGAUGAAUAGUCGAUUCUAUUGGAGGCGAUGGCAUGGGAAAACAACAAAAACUUUAGACUACUUUGAUCGCAACCUUGAAUGCGGCUGCCUAGCCUGACCACAAUUCGAUGAACUGGUUGGCUAACUGUUUAGUUAGUCACUUAGUCGAUUAACUACCUAAUUAGUAGGUAGUUAGUGAUUUGCUUAGUCAAAAGCUGAGGACGGCAAGCAGAGAAUCUUGGAUAGCGACAUCGUAUAUAUGCUAUUUGCAAACAGCGA